ACGCCAGAUCUACGAGAAGGAGAAAAGAGAGCAGCUAUGGAAUGGGCAACGGUGCAGCAUCUGGAUCUGCGCCACGUAGGUCGCGGUGUCAGCAAGCCGCUUCAGCCUCAUACGGCGGCGUUUCAUCCCACGCAGGCCGUAAUCGCUGUCGCAGUCGGCUCUCACAUCAUGGAGUUUGAUGCGUUAACUGGAUGUAAGAUCGCGUCUAUUGAUAUUGGAUCUCCAGCUGUUAAGAUGUUGUAUAGUCCUACUAGCAGCAACGCCGUCGUUGCCAUUCUUGAGGAUUGUACAAUUAGGUCUUGUGACUUUGAGACGGAGCAGACUUGUGUCUUGCACUCUCCUGAGAAGAGGAGUGAGCACAUUUCCUCUGAUACAGAAGUCCAUCUCGCAGUGACGCCACUACAACCUGUUGUGUUUUUCGGAUUCCCGAAAAGAAUGAGUGUGACAGUGGUUGGAACUGUUGAAGGAGGAAGAGCUCCGACGAAAAUUAAGACGGAUUUGAAGAAACCUAUUGUGAACAUUGCUUGCCAUCCUCGGCUUCCUGUCCUGUAUGUAGCAUAUGCAGAGGGGUUGAUUAGAGCCUACAACAUUCAUACUUAUGCUGUUCAUUAUACACUACAGCUGGAUAAUACUAUUAAACUCAUCGGUGCCAGUGCAUUUGCUUUUCACCCGACGCUAGAAUGGAUUUUUGUUGGAGAUAGGAGGGGUACACUUUUAGCCUGGGAUGUUUCAACUGAAAGACCCAAUAUGAUUGGAAUUACGCAAGUGGGUUCACAACCCAUCACUUCAAUUUCUUGGCUUCCUAUGUUGCGGGUACUUGUCACUGUGUCCAAGGAUGGAUCUCUUCAAGUCUGGAAGACUCGAGUUAUAAUAAAUCCUAACAGGCCUUCGACGCAAACUAACUUUUUUGAGCCUGCCGCUAUGGAAUCAAUAGACAUUCCUCGAAUUCUCUCUCAACAGGGUGGGGAAGCUGUUUACCCUUUACCACGAAUCAAAACUUUAGAAGUUCAUACAAAGCUGAACUUAGCAGCUUUGAUUUUUGCAAACAUGGCGGGUAAUGAGAACACUCAAAAUCGAGCAGCUCAGACCAGGGAAGGAAGAAAGCAGCUCUUUGCAGUUCUGCAAAGUGCUAGGGGAUCGUCAGCUUCUGUUCUAAAGGAAAAGCUUUCAUCGAUGGGUUCCUCUGGAAUUUUAGCCGAGCAUCAACUCCAAGCUCUGCUACAAGAGCAACAUCACAAGGGCCAAAAUCAGCUAACAAUAUCAGAUAUUGCACGGAAGGCAUUCCUGUAUAGUCAUUUUAUGGAGGGUCAUGCCAAAACUGCUCCGAUAUCAAGGUUACCCCUUAUUACCGUCAUGGAUACAAAGGAUCAACUAAAAGACAUUCCUGUUUGCCAGCCAUUCCAUUUGGAGCUGAAUUUCUUCAACAAGCCAAAUAGGGUCCUUCAUUAUCCUGUGAGGGCCUUUUAUAUCGAGGGCCUUAACCUCAUGGCACACAAUCUCUGUUCUGGAACGGACAGCAUCUACAAGAAGCUGUACACAUCGAUUCCCGCAAAUGUAGAGUAUCACUCGAAACAAAUUGUUUACAGUCGUAAAAGGAAUCUCUUUCUGGUUGUCUAUGAAUUCAGUGGUGCUACAAAUGAAGUUGUGCUUUACUGGGAAAAUACAGGUUCUCAGCUGCCUAACAGUAAAGGAAGCACUGCUAAAGGUUGUGAUGCUGCCUUUAUCGGCCCAAAUGAUGAUCAGUUUGUAAUUCUCGACGAGGAUAAGACAGGGCUGUCUAUGUAUAUCCUCCCAAAACUUACCACAAUCGAAGAGAAUGAGAAGAAUUUGUUAUCUGAAGAGAACCAAACCAAGGAGGAGAAUCCUUCCGCAAUUCAGGGUCCUCAACAAUUUUUGUUUGAGACAGAAGUUGAUCGUGUUUUUUCCACACCGAUAGAGUCCACUCUGAUGUUUGCUUGUAAUGGAACCCAACUUGGGCUGGCAAAGCUGUUUCAAGGUUACCGUCUCUCAGCUUCAGAUGGUCAUUAUAUUUCAACACAAGGCGAAGGACGAAAAUCAAUCAGGUUGAAGAAACAUGAAAUAGCUCUUCAGGUUCAGUGGCAAGAAACACCCAGAGGAUAUGUCGCAGGGGUAUUAACAACCCAAAGGGUGCUGAUGGUGUCUGCGGAUUUUGAUAUAUUGGCAAGCAGUUCGACAAAAUAUGAUAGAGGCCUACCAUCAUUUAGAUCUCUUCUAUGGGUUGGACCUGCCCUACUCUUUUCGACAACAACUGCUGUAUGUUUACUUGGCUGGGAUGGGAAAGUGAGGACCAUUCUUUCUAUAAGUACACCAUAUGCAGCUCUAGUUGGUGCUCUGAAUGACCGCCUUUUGCUCGCUAAUCCCACUGAUAUAAGUCCGAAGCAGAAAAAAGGGAUUGAAAUCAAGUGCUGUCUUGUUGGGCUACUUGAACCACUUUUAAUUGGAUUUUCUACAAUGCAACAAACGUUUCAGCAGAAACUGGACCUUUCUGAAAUAUUGUAUCAAAUAACAACAAGAUUUGAUAGUUUGCGAAUUACUCCAAGAUCUCUUGAUAUUCUAGCUAGUAGCCCUCCAGUAUGCGGAGAUCUUGCUGUGUCACUAGCUCAAGCAGGCCCGCAGUUCAACCAGGUAUUACGUUGUACAUAUGGAAUCAAGGCUCUUCGGUUCUCCACUGCUUUGUCAGUUUUGAAGGACGAGUUCUUACGUUCGAGAGACUACCCAAAAUGCCCUCCAACAUCGCUUUUAUUCCAGAGAUUCCGGCAGCUUGGAUAUGCCUGUAUCAAAUAUGGUCAAUUUGAUUAUGCAAAGGAGACUUUCGAAGUAAUAGGUGACAACGAGAGCCUGCUAGAUCUUUUCAUAUGCCAUCUGAACCCUAGUGCUAUGCGUCGUCUUGCCCAGAAAUUGGAAGAAGAAAGCGGAGAUCCUGAGUUGAGGCGAUAUUGUGAAAGGAUUUUACGAGCACGGUCUACAGGAUGGACCCAGGGGAUUUUUGCUAAUUUCGCAGCUGAGAGUAUGGUACCAAAAGGACCAGAAUGGGGUGGUGGCAACUGGGAUAUAAAGACUCCAACCGACAUGAAGAGCAUACCUCAAUGGGAGCUAGCUGGGGAAGUAAUGCCAUACAUGAAGAGUGAUGAUGGAACCAUACCCUCAAUAGUAGCUGAUCAUAUCGGUGUCUAUUUGGGUUGCGUCAAAGGCAGAGUUAAUGUAGUGGAGAUUAAAGAAGACAGUUUAGUUUCUAAACCUGGAGGGCUUCUUAGUUCCUUGGGUAAACCUCUGUCAGAUAAACCUUUGGCACUUCCUGCUGGUGAAUCCAGUUCCUUAAUGGGUCUGGAAUCUCUAGGGAAACAAAACGUGGCCGAUGAACAGGCGAAGGCUGCUGAGGAAUUCAAGAAAACAAUGUACGGGGCUGCUGGUGAUGGCAGCAGCAGUGACGAGGAAGGUGUACCAAAAACUAAGAAGCUGCAAAUUAGAAUACGAGAAAAGCCAACAUCUACCACUGUGGACGUCAAUAAGCUUAAAGAAGCUACUAGAACGUUCAAACUCGGAGAUGGGCUAGGCCUCCCAAUGAGUAGAACAAAAUCAACUAGUGCUGGAUCCCAGGAUUUGGGUGAGAUGUUAAGCCAGCCUUCUCCCUCAACAACUGCUCCGGUUUCUGCAUCUGCUCCUGUUGAUCCUUUCGCAAUGAGCUCAUGGACUCAGCCUCCUCAGCCAAUGUCCCAACCAGCUCCGUCUGGUAGCACGGGUAUGGUAGCUGGUCCCAUACCCGAAGACUUUUUCCAAAACACAAUCCCAUCUGUUGAGGUUGCCAAGACAUUGCUCCCUGCUGGUACUUAUCUUUCGAAAAUGGACCAAAUCGCUCAAGCUGCAAAGAAUGCUCCAAACCAAGCAAACAAUCCUACUCAGCCUGAUAUUGGUCUUCCUGGAGGUGGCGUUCCUCCGACAACUCAACAACCUGGUGUUCCAUACCAGACCGUUGGACUCCCUGACGGCGGCGUUCCUCCACAGUUUCCUGGUCAGACUCAGGGGAUGCCACAGCUUCCUGGGCAGACUCAGGGAGCACCACAGGUUCCAGUUUAUUCGCAGCCUCUUGAUCUUAGCGUUCUUGGAGUUCCAAAUACAGAAUCUGGAAAGCCUCCUGGGCAGCCUACAUCUCCCCCUGCUUCAGUUCGUCCUGGACAGGUUCCACGUGGAGCAGCAGCUCCGCUUUGUUUCAAGACUGGACUUGCCCAUCUUGAACAAAACCAGCUUCCAGAUGCACUGUCUUGCUUCGACGAAGCAUUCUUGGCUCUGGCCAAGGAUCAAUCACGUGGGGCUGAUAUCAAAGCUCAAGCCACUAUCUGUGCUCAGUACAAGAUAGCUGUUACUCUCCUUCGGGAAAUCUUGAGGCUACAAAGAGUCCAAGGCGCGAGUGCAUUAAGCGCAAAGGACGAAAUGGCAAGACUCUCAAGGCAUCUAGCUUCACUGCCACUACUAGCAAAGCACCGCAUAAACUGCAUACGCACUGCAAUCAAACGAAACAUGGAAGUCCAAAACUACGGCUACUCCAAGCAGAUGCUGGAACUGCUUUUGUCAAAGGCACCAGCGAGCAAACAAGAAGAAUUAAGAGGACUGGUCGAUCUCUGUGUCCAAAGAGGCACUUCGAACAAAUCCAUCGACCCGCUUGAAGAUCCGUCUCAGUUAUGCUCAGCUACGCUCAGCAGGUUAUCGACCAUUGGGUACGAUGUCUGCGAUCUCUGUGGCGCAAAGUUUGCUGCUCUUUCGUCGCCUGGUUGUAUCAUUUGUGGUAUGGGAAGCAUUAAACGGUCUGAUGCACUCGCUGGACCCGCACCUGUGUCCACACCGUUCGGCUAAAUGUUGUUUGUAUACAUGAUGAUUAAGGUUGGUUUUAAUUAACAUUAAGAAAAUUUCAAACUGGUUUCAUGUAAUAACCUUCUAUUUUGUGGGGUUUACUUUCGUUUUUGUUUGUCAGUAUAUUGAUUUGAUUUGUAUCUUAAUUUUAACGUGACGUUUAAUUUUGUCCACCAGGCUUCUUUUCGAUA